CCACCACGUUACUGUAUCACCAUUCAAUAUCACUUGGCCGACACCAUCUUUUAAUCAAGCCCCCCCCUCUUCUGCCACAAGGGAAAAGCAUAUCAACACUCCGAUCCCCUCAUCAAAUUACAUCCCUUUUGUCUCUCGUCUCUAGCCUAGCCUGCAGAGCAGAGCAUCGUGGUCAUCGUAUGCUCUACGGGCCAAGUUGUCUAGCGUCGACUCCUCUACCCUACCGGGCUGCCGAGGUGACAAAAACUAAAUCGCCCAGCUACCGACCCGAGCUAGUAGCUCUCCCCAGAUCAACGUCGGGUCCCCGCUGCUUUCUGAGACCUCCAUCAACACAGCUAGGUACCUCACUUAGCCUACCUUACCUUACUUCCAACACAUAGAGUCUGAGGCGCGCCUCAAAUCGACUCACCAAGCGGCGUGCUCUGGUUCAACUUUUCUUUCUUAGGUACUCCCCUUUUUCAUUUGUUCAGGUUUGGCUGGCAAAUGAACUAGGGACAGAGUCUCCUGCCUCGCCUACCCCUCAGCCAGUCCAGUCUUCCACUCCUGGUCUAAGUCCCCUGAUCAGAAGAUCACAUCACUCCUCUCAGUGUUCCAUUCGGAUCUCUGCGUUCUUGUCCAGGUCCCUCUCGUUCUGAGGCUCUCUCCACUUCGGGACUCUCCACAACUCUCUGCUCGCUCCACCCUCUCUACUCUACUCAUCGGGCCUGUCUGUCCUGGUCCCUUUUCCUAUCUACCUCUUCAUCAUAAAGCAUUGUGUCGACUCGAGAUCAAUCCUCCCCCUCUCAAGUCAACAAUUCGCGACGGUGCGCUUACAUCUAGGACCCCCUCCCCUGCUGCGCCGCCCACCAGCUUUCCCCAUUGAAAGCUCCCGCGCCACCCUGGUACCCGCAGAGGAACGGCAGUAUUAGUUGGAGGUUCAUACCGCCCGCGACUCUCUCCAGCACCACUUAGAACCUGGUCUCGUGUGGUAACCGCAUCUCGACACAACCUGAACACUCGGCGCAUUGCAUCGCAAAACCCAACAGAAGUAGCAGCCACGACAAGCAGCAAACGGUUCGCGACACAACACGGCACAUUGCAACGCUGCUCCGCGACACGCGACAUACUUCCUCCUGCCAAGCUUUCCCUCUGCUUGCCUUUAUUUGCCAAUAUCAUCACUUUCUGCAGCGCGCCGCUGUCCUCCCCCGCCUUCCGACUGCAGUUCGCAUACUCUCUCCGUCCUCCUCAUUCGACUUGCAAACCGUGUGCCCGACGACGUUAUUCGCGAUCAACCACUUUUCGCCUGCCUGUUCACAUCGUCGUUGACGCUCUCGUGGUCUUUGCAGAUUGAUAUUCGAAUUUUGGGAGAUAGGUCUUCUGAUCACUGACUAUUUGCCACCGCCGCUCGUCUCUCGCCUUGUUGCCGCUCCAAGUGUAGCAGCAACCCCGCGUCAAUCUCUUGGUGUCGGAUUUCGCGCCUGCUUUCGAGCCUUUCACUGACAAUGGGCCACGAUUAAGUCUCCUUCGUCGCUACAGCACUGGACAUCUUCGUUUGCCCAAAUCAGUCCUCUCAACAAGGUCCUUUUAUGAAUGGGCACCCAUUCUCCUUUACUCUUAUCCGACAACCUGAAUCUUCUAUUUGCGCCUUGGGUUAGACGCGCUGGUGUUUAGAUAUUCUGUCGUAUUCACUCACACUAAUCAACCACUGGCUCACACCGUAACGACUUCUGCUAUCGCGAUUUAACAUUUGCGAUAAGAUCAGAGUUGCCACUUCUCAGAGCCACAUCCCUUCGACACUGAUUACAGCAUCAGCGUUCUUUUUCUUACGUUUCGUCUGUUUUUACGACUUAGAAUUUGGCACGUGUGACGACAUAGUCUUUAGAUAUCCUCGAGAUCCCAUCUCUGUUUCGAUUCUAUUCAUUCUUAAAGAUAUUUACAGCCUACAUUUUAUUUUAACCCCCAACUCUGUUUAUUAUCCGUGAUCCGAAACACGACAGCUUGUGCUAGCCGGUUUACGUAUCACAGAUAUAAGACUAAAACUCCCAUCCACAGGGCAUUAUCAAUCAGCAGCCUUGUAGAUUUUAGAUUGAAAGAAGCCAACUAGUGUCUUUCCUGGAUAAUGAGUUCUGGUCCGCUCAAGACAGGCCCGUCUUCCAGACUAGGCCAAGGAUCUCAUCCUACAGCCCCGGGUAACAACCAGUCACUGCUCCUCGAGAAGCUGCACGCGAGGACAUCUACACCAGAUUCAGAAGCUCUUGCUAGUUCAGACGACGAAGGCGAGCACCGAUACGAGUCCGCAACAGCAGCAUCACAUUCUGCGUCGCAACCUCCUAGACCUGUCCGACGACCUUCGUGGUUGAACGAGACUUCUCAAACCCUGGGCCGUCCCCGUAGGGGAUCUAUCGCUAGUAACUCGAUGUCUCCAACUACUUCUCAUCCCAGCACGCCUUCUGGGGAGACCGGUGGAGCGUGGGGAUCUCACUCAGCUUCAUCUGUGAUGGGCCGGGGAUCUGGCGCACCUGGCUUUUCAUGGGGUACGGCUAUCUGGAACACUGAACGCAAAGAUCCUCCAUCGAGGCUCAGCGAGGUUUUGCCUUCUCCCACGUCGACCAUGCCCCCGGGCGGUGGCAAUUCUUUCUUUAGCUCAGAGAUGCAGACGUCUCCGGUCUCGCGCGAUCCUGCGCCUAAUUCGCAAAUACCUUUCGCUAUUCCGCUUCAUCCCACUCCUAAAACAUACCGGUCUCAAUCAUACUCUGUUGGGCAGCUGGAUCCUGAGUCAACAGCCACUCCGCCUUCGAUGAGCUCUUCCGCCAUCAUGGGUCGCGCUCGCUAUCCCGCGCUUCAACAUCGACCUUCUCGACCCAGCAUGCUAAGCGAAAUGGCCAACGACGGCUCGAUGCUUGGAAAAGUCAAGGAAGUCGAGGAUGACGACGAUGAAAGCCCAAGCGAAUCGAUGCAAAGUUCAUUUCAUCAAUCGGAUGCGAAAACAAUUGAAAUACUGGCUCGUGAAAACGCUAUGCUGCGCCAGCAGCAGCAGCAGCAGCAGCAGCAGCAGCAGCAAACGCAGUAUAACAAUGCCCGUAUUCGACCCCGCGCAGUCACUGGCUCCUCCUAUCCUGCAAACGGCUACCCAAUACGAGACACUGUUCCUGAGGAAUCUGAUUAUGCUAUUGAUGAGCUUGAUGAAGCCAACGAAUCUGGCGAUAUGUUGGCCAAACGGGCGCUGAGCAGGCGUAUGAGCGAGUACGGAGCGGGGUCAUUACGCUCUCCGUUUGAGAACAAUCGCAAACCUGAAAACGCCAACCUCAAGAAAGCGCUCUGGUCAAGCUCACUUGGAUUUUCUCCUUCUGAUAUUUCUCAAAGUAGGCGACAUUCCUUUGCCAACAUGCCUACUCGCCAAGGUUCUAUCAGCUCUAUUCCCGACGCGGCCGCACUAGAGCCUUCUGCACUCGAUAUGCAGCAAUCUCAGGAGUACCCCCCCGGGUACCCCGACCCUGCCGCCUUUAGUGCUACUUCUCAUGCAAGCCAGUACUUUGGCGUUGGCGGAGGUGCCAACAUCGGAAAUGCCUAUCAGACUGGGUUUGCCAAUCAAUACGGAUCUCCUUAUGGAUUGUCCACUACGUACGGGAACCGCGCACCAUCUCCCCAUCGUAAUGUUUACAGCAUUGCUCAGCCUCGUCACAACCAGCUUCUUCACAUUGUAUUAUUCAAGUGCGCUCGAGCUGACGUGUUCUACAUCCAAGAGGGCACUGGUCUCAAUGUCAAGCCAGGUGAUCUGGUGAUAGUCGAGGCUGAUCGCGGCACUGACCUUGGCACCGUUGCUAAGGAUAACGUUGACUGGCAGGCUGCUAAAGAACUCAAGGAGCACUAUGCCGAAGAGCAGUACAAGUGGCUGAUGAUGUACUCACAAAAUGCUGCCGUCGCGCAGGAGGGUUCUAGCGCAGGUCUUCUUGCCUCCUCUACCGGUCUUCAGGGAAGCGCGGUUGGAGGCAUGGGACCUCCGAGCCAGCACCAUGCGCAGGAGCCCAACGCUGGCGAACUUCGACCCAAGCUCAUUAAGCGUCUUGCCCAGAACCACGAGAUCCAAGCCCUACGGGACAAGGAAGGUCAAGAGGCGAAGGCGAAGCGUGUUUGCAUGCAAAAGGUCAAGGAGCACGCUCUCAAUAUGGAGAUUCUCGACGCCGAGUUCCAGAUGGAUUGGAAGAAGUUGACCUUCUAUUACUUUGCCGAUUCGUACAUCAACUUCAACUCUCUCGUUACCGACUUGUUCAAGAUCUACAAGACUCGAAUCUGGAUGUCUGCUAUCAACCCAGCCUCAUUCGCUAGCCCAACUCUUGGUAUUCAGGCUCCUAGUGGCAUCGGCCCCGGAGCAGUGAACGCAAACCGUGGUGCGGGCGGUAAUGACAGACGCCAGAACCAGCAGGUCCAAGAACCCCACCAAGCGUCUGCUUUUACCGGUGGAGCCAGAGAUGGCCGCGGAUUCCGCCCUGCUCCAACUUUCAACCAGCCAUUUGGCAAUGAGGGCCGCCUCGCGCAGCCAUCUGGGUACCCUCCUUCCAACUACCCUUACGGGCAGUUCGCCAACCCUUAUAGCAAUCCUCGCAGCAAUGUUGGCUACGGUGCUGGUUCUGGUGCUAUGCCGGGCGCUAUGGAGGGUUACCCCGUUGGAGUUCCCCAGCUUGGAGAAUACACGUCGAUGCGCCAGCGGUUCCCCAACCCACAGUCUGGUCCCAGCCCGGCGCCUCACUCUCAAGCCACUUCACCUCUGGCUCCCCAGAAUGACUGGGUUGGAUCUUUCCAGGGCUUGUCUCUCAACACUCAUUAAUGUGUGUUAUCACAUACGUUUGGCGACCAUGAGAAGUUCAUCUCAGUACACUCGUUUACGUUCAGGCAGGCACAGCAGACUUCGUUUCAUGAAAGAGAAACUGCUGGCAUUAGUUGAUGGAGUUGAGGAUGUGGACUGACAUAUACAGAACCAGCCCUCGUUCGGCUUUCGGUGCGGUUAUGUGAUUGUGUGUUUUCGUUUUUCGAUCUUCAUUCUUUUAUAAUGGUUCGCCGUUUCGUUUACAUCUUUUUUUGGCGUUAAUCGGCAAUUCUCAUUCGACACUCGAGUAUUAAGAGAUUGUUCAAUAGCUGCUUUUCGAAUUCCAUAUCGCCAAUGCUUUGUUCAGGAUCCAUGAUCCAACGGCCGAUUUCACGACAACGGGGAGUAGGGAGGGAAGACAAGAUGGCAUUCGAUGGCAUGGAUUUUCUUUUACAGGCCGAGAUUAUAGACAGAAAGACCCGAGGACUUCGCAUCUAACACUGUAACUAAUACGCAGUCAAAAAAGGGGCACAUUUGGGAGAUAUAGCCGGAAUCAUGUAUGACAAAGAUUUGAUUUACUCAUUUGCUUAUUCGUGCAGGUAAUUGGUUUUGUUUCUAAGGGGUUCUUUGGCUCGAGGCACGAAAAUGAGAUUAUGUGAUAGAUUAAAUUCGAGCUCAGGGUUUGCUUAUACGUUAUCUCAACGUGAACUAAAGCGAAGCUAGAGAUUCAUGGAAUAAUACUGAGAGAAUAACUUUGAUUGGCGG